AGCCGGUCAGGUGGUAAAUGAACUACAGGGUAUUAUUAGCGGGGAAGUCAUUUUAGACUCCGAUCAUUGUUUGGAAGCUAUCUUGGAUGGCAGGACUCGUGCAGAAUUACGUUGUGAAUGCUACUACCAAAGUGCACCCGAGUAGAUUAUCUUCGGUUACUCGCCUGUUUAUUUUGUACACGUAAUAUUUAUCAGGACAUAACAGCAUCAUCACGCAGCGAAGUAGUCGGUGAGACUGCAUUUAAUUUUGGUGGUCAACUUGUCUGUAUUAUCAUCUGAAAAUGCCAUACCUCUCCCAAAACGGACAGGUCAUGGACUCCAGAUCGCCAUGGCGGUUAUCAUUCAUUCCAGAGUUCUUCUGGGGUAUAGUUAACUUUAUAGUGCUUUUUUUCAGGACAAUGAUUUCGCCUGAAUUAACGAGUAGAGGGAGUGGAUAUACAACAGACUAUAGACAAGGCCUGACAAGCAACCGGAGAGGACCUGGAGGGCCUCCUCCUCCUCCCCCUAGGAGAAGAAUGGGAGGAUUUGGAGGUAGAGGAUCAGGACCAGCACCACCACCUGCUGCUGGAGGUGGAUGAGGAAGGUAAAUGCCUACUUCUGCUAGUCACAAGGAGUAGGCCAUAGUGUACCACCAGAAACAUCAACAGAUACAAAAUUCUUUUCAGAUGCACAGAGAGUCUUCCAUUCCUCGAUGACUUGUUUCUGCUGUUCUACUUUUGAAGGUUGUUAUUGCUAUAGUGUGGGUUUUCCAAAAUUUUUAUUUAAUUUUAAAGCCAUUUCUAGAUAUUCAAAUAAUAAGGAUUUUGAGUUUAGGCCAAGCAGGAAAGGUAAUAAGCACUUCUUCUCUGAUGAAUUAUGGGGAUUGUAUUUAACGUAAAAAUACUUAAAAUAACAAGAUACAUUUCAUGAAGCUUUUUAUGUUAGUAAUGAUCCAGGACAUGUCUCAUGAAUAUGCUAUGUCAAGAAAAAAGUAGAUGUCAGUAAUAAUGAUAAAAAAUGAGCUUUACAUUUAAAUUUGCAUAACCAUUGCAUCCAAGUGCAAUACUAGAUAUAUUAGAAUUGCUAGAUGAUAAUAACUUUACUUUUUUAUCAUUAGAUGGUUGUUUAUGUUCAAGUAUUGUUUAUCGAAGUAAUUUAAUUUGUUGAUAUUUCUGAGUGGUCCACCAUUGAAUAUCUUGCAGUAUGUGUAUCUGAUAAUGACGUUAAGCCAGUAAACUCACAUUCCUGAGACUAGCUUGACUGAGAAGAAAUGGAUACAUGAUAUAUAUUAUGUACAGUACAUCAUAUUUUCUUCAAAUAAUAAUUAUUUGAAUAAAAUAUGUUGAUAUAUAUUAUUUUAAGUUUGUGGUUAUUUGUAUACAUGCAUAUCAAAGAAAUGAGGACAAAACAAGUACAAAUUGAAUUACUGGUAGUUUGAAACUUUUGAAUAUCUAAAUCCUGAAUUAUAGAUUCAUUUGUAUGGGAUAUGGGGGAGAUCUGUGCCCAAGUUUCUCCCUUUUUAUUUAUUUUUUUUUCUUAUUGUAAGCCUUUGCAUUCAUUUUUGUUCAUUCAUCAUGCACUUCAAUCUUGACUUAGAUUUAAUAUUUUAUUUUGUCAUGUUUACUUGUGUUUACAAAUAAUACUCCCAAAGCAAUUAAUUGUAUUCACUAUUGAGCUGCAUGACAUGUAUAGAUGAUUCCUUCUCCCAUUGUUCCAAUAUGUGUUUAAUAGUGCCCUAUUUUUAUCUUAGCCAUUGAGAUUUCUUUUGAUAAUGCAUUUUUAUUUCAUCUAUUUCAUCAAUAUAAUGUAAAGAAUGAUAAAGCCCAUGAGAAAAUCAAUUCUUAUACUACAUGUCUAUUACUGAUAAAAGUGUAAUGAUGAUUAUUGAAAUUAGGAAGAGGAGGUGGGGGAUGAUGAUGAUGCUUAUAAAUAAUUAUUUUUAUAAUUCAUAUAGGUGGUUUAUUUUUCAUCACUUUAUCAAAAUUUUCAUUUUACCUUAUUAUCCAUGUUUGUCUGUGUUAUUAGAUUUAUGGAAUUUGCUAGAUUAAAUGUGAUAACUUGAUACAGUCCUCAAUUUUGUGAAGGUUAUUUUUAAUUUUAAUCCUUAUGUUCCUCUUUUCCUUCAAUGCUUAUUUUUAGUUUGCUUUGGGCUGAUGAUUAUUUGAUGAUAUUGUUCAUAUGUAUAAUUAUAUUGUACAUACAUGUGAAUAUUAAAACAGAUAUAUUCAUUCUGUAACUUAUGAAUAGAAAUAGAUAUGAUGUUAAUUCUAA